AUGUUUUCGAUCGAAAUACAAAUAGAUUCGGAAGUCGAACGUCGACUCUUGGAGAAUAUUAAACACUAUAAACCAUACUUUAAACGAGUUUUAAAACACAUUGAUUUGCUUCGGAAUCACAAGACCACCAUUUUAGAUACACUCAAUCAUCACAAUACCACUUAUCAUUCGGAUCAAAACAUGUUGAGCCAAUCACAUCAACAUUCAAUAUCGGACGGAAAGAAGAAAAAGAAAAAGAACAAAAAGAGUACAAGCAAUGGUAAUUCUCACUCUCUAAUGGAAGAUCCGAGGACAGAAUCACAACUUGUUUCCUCAAACCAUAAUCUUCUCUCAAAAGAGGAAGAACUCAUUGAAGAUUAUUUUACUCCAAAGCAUGUCUUCUUCUCAUCAGGUAAUCCUAGUGUUGAAAUUAUAACUGGAAUCAUCAAAUUGUACAAACAUGGAACACCAAGAAGUUUUACAAAUGCAGUGAAUGACAAUUUAGGUUUGGAUGAUGAAUUGUACAGUGGCAACGGUACCAUUCCAGAGAAGAAAACUAAUAAUUCAACAACAUGUUGUGUAAAUACCAUUCAGACUCCUUUAUUGAAUGGCAUGAUGGAUGCAACCAUUGUGGAUCCACCUUCUGUAUCAUCAUCUCUUCAAGUUCCCUCUUCAGGCCUUCAUCUCAACCAUAGUGGUAAUAAUACCUCAACUAUUUCAUCUAAUUUUUCAUCCAUUUCAGAAGAAGAAGGUAGAGGAGAAGAUGAACUUUUUUAUUCUUCGGAUGAAUUGCCAGAACAAAGAAGUACUUUGGUUUGUGUGCUGGCAGUACCUUCCUUUAUAUCCACUACAGACUUUUUUGAAUUUAUUGACUGCUUUAAAUCGAAUAUUUUGAAAACAAGAAUACUCAGAGAUGAAUCGCCAAACAAGUACAUGGUCAUUCUGCAAUUCGAUGAUCAGAAAAAUGCAGAUUCUUUCUUUUUGCAAUAUAACGGAAGACCAUUCAAUUCAUUAGACCCUGAAGACUGUAAAAUAGUGUUUGUAAAAAGUGUUGAAUUUACCAAUCGACCUUCAAUGAUUGGAAAACAUUUGGAAAGUACUUCACAAAGCACAGUGACAGAUAUUUUCAAUAUUGGAAGUUGCAACGAUCCUCAACUUCAUAAUGAUUUUCACUGUCACACUAAUAAUGAAACUAGCAAUGAAACUGAACCAGAGAAGAGAUAUGAAUUACCAACAUGUCCUGUUUGUCUUGAUAGACUUGAUUCAGGUGCUAGUGGUAUUAUUACAACUGUAUGCAAUCAUCAAUUCCACUGUGAUUGUCUUACGAAAUGGGGUGAUGGAAAUUGCCCAGUAUGCCGAUACACUGAUCAGAUGAAAACUGAAUUACAAUGUGCAGAGUGUGCAUGCACAUCAAAUUUGUGGGUAUGCCUCACUUGUGGAUAUGUUGGAUGUGGUAGAUAUGAAAAAGGGCAUGCCAUGGAGCAUUAUCUUCAAACAAAUCAUACAUACUCCAUGGAGGCUGACUCACAACGUGUUUGGGAUUAUACUGGUGAUGGAUACGUUCAUCGAUUAGUUGCAGGAAAUACAGAAGGAAAAUUAAUUGAAAUUUCACAUCCCAAUCAAAAGGAGGCAAUUAGGGAAGCAAGUGAAAUGCUUGAAGCUCAAUACAACUCAAAGCUAGAUUCAUUUUUGAUGGAAUAUAACCAAUUACUGACACAGCAAUUAACAAGCCAGAGAGUGUAUUUCGAGUCUAGGAUCUCUGCAAUUGCAAGCGAAAAAGACAAGCAAAUAGAAAGCUUGUUGAAUGAAUUACAAACGUAUCGCCAAAAUACUCAAAAGAUGAAUAACAAAGUACAAAAAACACAGAAAAAGGUAGAGAAAGAAAAAGAAGAGACCGACUUUCUCAAGGAGUUAAACAAAACAUUAAUUAACAACCAAAAACAGUAUGAAAUUAAGAUUGAAAAACUUGAGGAAGCCCACAAAAAGAUAAUCGAAAAGAAAGACGCUCAGAUAAGAGACCUGCAAGAACAGCUACACGACAUGAUGAUGCAUUUUCAAACUCAAGAACAAAUUGACAAGAACCCAGAAAUGAAAAACGCCACAGUUAGGGCGAUUGGAGGUGAAGCUUCCACAAACCCUUCUAACAAAACUAAGAAGAAGAAAUAA